ACAUCAAACAGAGCCAAUUGCAAUUUCGUUCGAUAGUCUAAUCGAAUCGAAAAGAAAAGAUGUCAUCCCGUUUGUAACCGGCAUAAUCCAAGAAUACGAUUAUUCAGCACAAUUUUUUGUCCAUCAAAUUCAAGUAUCUUUGCUGUCAGAUUCGUUGCUGCGGAACCGUAUAUACUUAUUCAUGAACAGCAUAGGCGAGACGUGCAAUGAACUGAAGCAACAGUAUGACUCUUGUUUCCAUAUGUGGUUUUCUGAAAAAUUCUUGAAAGGUGAAACGGGUGACAGCACAUGCUCGCAUUUAUUCAAAAUGUAUCAGCAGUGUAUCAAGAAAGCCAUGAAAGAGCAACACAUUGAGUUUAAAGAGAUAGAGACAAAUUAUUUAGAAACCGAAAGGGAAAAGAAACCACAUAGUUGACAAGAAAAUGUACACAUGUACUUGGUUCCUAUCUUCUUUAAAUGUUGUUAACAAUAUGAAUGCAAAUAUUUUGAAUGUCAUUUUUUUUACGAAACAAUAAUUAGAUCAUAUAUAUAUUUGAAUAUAUAAUUAAUGUUAUAUAGCCAUCUAUAAUAUUAUAUGUAUUAUUACUGAAUAAUCGACAGUUUUAAACUGAAUGUUUUAUAGAUUUCAUUUGUAGCAUUAAAUAUAAAAAUAUUUCACAAGAAAUUAUAUAGUGUAUAUGUGUACUAUGUAA